AUGGCACAACCAUAUAGAAUUCAAGACAGCAGAAGUAGCAAGCGAAAUCAGCCACAAAUCAUACAAGACAACAACACUGGAGUGGCACGAAAUCGCUUUAGUCGUAAAAACAAUAGAAUUUCGUGUAAUGUACCCUUACACACCCAAGCUUCCCUUUUACCAACGAUAAAUUCUAAAAAUUCGGGUAGGAGAGAUGUAAUUAGCUCCAGCGUUGAAGGAGGAGAAACAUUGAUUGAAAAUAGAGAUCCAGCAUCUCCCUUCGAAGUAAUUGAGUUGAGUGGCAGUGAAGAGGAGAAUAAUGAACCAAUUCAAAUCGAAAAUUCUAAUAAUCCACCUCCACAAAAUGAUAUCCAAAAUUUCGUACAACGUAUCUACAUUGAUCUUGUGGAUGAUAGUGAAGAGGACGAAGAAAAAGUCUUCAACAAUGAAGGAGAAACAUCGACGAACAAUAGAGAAUCUCUCAUCGAAGUAAUUGAGUUGAGUGACAGCGAAGAGGAGAGGAGUGAACAAAUUCAACCCGAAAAUUCCAAUAACUCAACUCUAAAUGACGCCCAACGCAUCUACAUCGAUCUUGUGGAUGAUAAUGAAGAGGACGAGGAAGAAGAAAAAGAGGGGCAAAUAGAAACAAUAUACAUUUCAGAUCCAGCCUCAACAGAUUAUGAUGAGGAGGAGGGGGAGGAGCUCGAUUACGAUGAUAUAGAGCCGAAUUUCCUGGCAAAUCAAGCAGAAAUUUUGCGAAGAAUUCAUUUAUACGGUCAGAUACGUCCUCAAACUGAAGAAGAACGCGAAUCUUUAUCACCACCACCACGUGAAGGGUUCACAACGGAUUUGGAUAAAGAUACAGUUGUGAUUUGUUCUAGGUGCGAUCAUGGGAUGGAGAGUGGUAUGUGCGCGUUAUACUGUGGACAUGUGGUUUGUGGAGACUGCGGAACAUUAUACGAAAACUUUAUGACCUCUUUCUGUCGGGUCUGCAAAGAAUAUACCGCGCUAGACGAAGUUACACGACUUUUCUUUUAA